AUGUUUCUAGCACUUGCUUUGAUUAUCGCCUAUCUAACUACCGAAAUCGCUGGUACGGCUACGCUAGUGCACAUAAAAAAUGGACCAAUAUUAGGUGAAAAGCGUGGAGAAUAUUACGCCUUUGAAGGGAUUCCGUAUGCAAAGCCUCCGCUCGGUAAGUUACGCUUCGCCUCAUCAGAGCUGAAUGAUGAGCGCUGGAACGAACCGCGGAACAGUACAAAAAGAGGCCCAAUAUGCCUGCAGUGGAAUCAUCUAAAUCCUAACAAAGAUAAGCUGGAGGGAGUUGAGGAUUGUCUCUUCCUGAACGUGUACACAAGAUCGAUCGAUCCAACGGCCCAGUUACCAACGAUUGCAUUCAUACAUGGCGGUGCAUUUAUGUUCGGAACGGGAAAUUUCUACGAACCCGACCAUAUCAUGCGUGGACAGAUGAUACUGGUUACCCUUAACUAUCGGCUUGGACCGCUCGGAUUUCUUAGCACCGAGGAUGACGUGAUACCUGGCAACUAUGGACUGAAAGAUCAGGUGACUGCUUUACGCUGGAUUCGUGAAAACAUUCAAGCUUUCGGAGGUGAUCCUAAAACAGUCAGCUUGGUGGGUUAUUCGGCUGGUUCUGCUAGCGUGCAUCUCCAUUACCUAUCACCUCUAUCGAGAGGAUUAUUCAGUUCAGGUAUUGGACACAGCGGUUCCGCACUCAGCCCUUGGGUGAUUGCCGAGCGAUCGAUAGAAAAGGCGGUAAGAAUCGGAGCAGUUUUAGGUUGCCCCACAAGAAAAACACAAGCUCUGCUAGACUGUCUGCGAAAGCUUCCAGCAGAGGACAUUGUGGAGCAAGUGUCAAACUUUCUCGACUUCCUGUACAAUCCCUUCUCACCGUUCGGUGUAGUUGUGGAAAAGGAGGGUCCUCUAAAUCCACAUCCUUUCCUUACGGAAACGCCACGAUCGCUAAUGAAGAGUGGAAAGAUCACCAAGGUGCCACUGAUCAUGUCCGUUACACAAGCGGAAGGUCUCUAUCCGGGAGCAGAGUUUAUAAGCAAUCCAAACUAUUUGCAAGAGAUCGAUUCCCGUUGGAAUGAACUUUUACCAAGCAUUCUUGACUACAAGACAGCUGUUACAGAUCCUAAGGAGCGUGAUCGUCUUUCGGAAACGAUUCGGAAUCACUAUUUCAAGCCAGACGAACGAUUAACGUUGGAAAACUUUAAUGUACUCAUACAGAUCAUUUCCAACCGUCUCUACUUUGCAGGAGUUACCGAAACGGCAAAACUGAUACAUCCUUUCACCAAUUUAUACCUUUACUACGAUCUCUACAAAGCUGUGUACGGUGUUGGGGAGGCUCUAUCCCAUCACGAUGAACCUGGGCUACUGGGUGUUGCCCAUGGUGAUGAUGUCCUGCUAAUAUUUCCAAGCGUUCUGCGGGACGAAAUCCCUUACACGGAGGAGGAAAUGAUGGUGGUCGAUAGAUUUGUAGCCCUGUACGAAUCAUUUGCCAAAGGGGAUAAACCAAGGUUUGGUUCUUAUGAGCUUCCGUUACAACACUCUGACGAUGAAGUGGUGUUUCUAAGCCUCAACUAUCCACAAAGUGAAAUUGUGCGUGCCAAGGGAAUGAGUGAUGAAAUGUUUUGGAAUACACUGAAUUUCAACGAUGGACCCUACGCAUCAACAAAUGAACAAAUUCAUACAGAGCUGUAG